GGAGACAUGGGGGUUUCUUGUGGCCAUGGCAGCAACGGCAGCAUUGGUGCCCUGUUUGGCGGCACUUCCACGUCUUGCAUCGUCGCCCUCGUCUCCACUCCGGCACCGUGAUCGAGCGGGCAUCUUGGGGGAUUCGGCUCGGGUUCUUCAGCCGCAGCUCAUCAUUUGGGGCCAGAGAGCUUCCCAAGGAAUUGUGGAGAGCAGCGGCAGGUGUUUUUGCGGCACCAGAAGCCCCAUUGAUGAAUCAUUCACGAAACAGGGAAAUGUUGUGCUCUUUGAUGAACAAGCCUCCGAGCUCGAGGAGUUCAUCAGGACUGUGCGAGAUAAGCUUGUUGUUCUUGAUAUCUCAACCAAGACUUGUGGACCUUGCAAGUUCAUAUUUCCCAAGCUUGUCAAGUUGAGUGAGGAUUAUCCUGAUGCUGUGUUCUUGAAGAUAAAUGGGGACUAUGACAGUGAAACACGAGCUUUGAUGAGGAAAUGGAAGAUUCGUGCUGUGCCAACAUUUAGAUUCUUUAAAAAUGGUGAAAUGGUUCACUCUCAUUCUGGAGCCAAGGAAGAUGACUUGAGAGCUCACUUUAUAGCACACUACCAUUCAGAAAGAGUGUCUAUUUAACUAUGUAAAUUGCUUUAUUAAAAAUUAAUUAAUCAUAGGAUGUAUCUAGAGCUA